AUGGCAGUGGUCUUAAAGUUCCCGCUACAUGUCGGACAUGUCAAAUUCAUCCACAGUGUUUGUUCUGAUGUUGUUUUUGAUCAGUCUCUCUCUAGUUUCUGCUUGUGCUCUGUUUGGUUUCCAGAUAAACUGAUUGUGAUCAGAGAGAAUCUGACGUGGUCUGAAGCUCUGAGAUACUGCAGACAGAAUCAUGUGGAUCUGGUCUCGGUUCAUUCACAAGAGAUGCAGCGUGAGGUGAUGAACGUGGUUAAACGAGCGUCUACUGAAGAGCUGUGGUUGGGUUUACACAACUACUGCAUCAUGAACAUGUGGCUCUGGUUGAGUGGAGAGACCGUGUGCUAUCAGAACUGGGCUCCAGGGAACGGAACCAAACCGGAAAACUGUAAACUCGAGAAAAGAAAAGGAGCAGUUCAGUCUGGAGGAGAUCAGCGCUGGAUCAGCCGUCCUGAAACCGACAAACUCAACUUCAUCUGCAGCAGAUAUUAA